AUAAGGAGACAAGGAGGUAUACAGCUCCUGGUGGACCUGCUGGAUCACCGGAUGACGGAAGUCCACCGUAGUGCCUGUGGGGCUCUGAGGAACUUAGUGUAUGGGAAGGCCAACGACGACAACAAAAUCGCCCUGAAAAACUGUGGUGGCAUCCCAGCCUUGGUGAGACUGCUUCGCAAGACCACAGACCUGGAGAUUCGGGAGCUGGUCACAGGAGUCCUUUGGAACCUCUCAUCAUGUGAUGCACUCAAAAUGCCAAUCAUCCAGGAUGCCCUGGCGGUGUUGACCAAUGCGGUGAUUAUCCCUCACUCGGGCUGGGAAAAUUCCCCUCUUCAGGACGAUCGGAAACUACAGCUGCAUUCAUCACAGGUGCUGCGCAACGCCACUGGGUGCCUAAGGAAUGUAAGUUCAGCUGGAGAGGAGGCCCGCCGAAGGAUGCGGGAGUGUGAUGGGCUCACGGAUGCCCUGCUGUAUGUGAUUCAGUCUGCGCUGGGAAGCAGUGAGAUCGAUAGCAAGACCGUUGAAAACUGUGUUUGCAUCUUGAGGAACCUCUCAUACCGACUAGCAGCAGAAACGUCUCAGGGACAGCACAUGGGCACAGAUGAGCUGGACGGGCUGCUCUGUGGGGAGGCCAAUGGCAAGGAUGCGGAGAGUUCCGGGUGCUGGGGCAAGAAGAAGAAGAAAAAGAAAUCCCAGGAUCAGUGGGAUGGAGUAGGACCUCUUCCAGACUGUGCAGAACCACCAAAAGGGAUCCAGAUGCUGUGGCACCCAUCCAUAGUCAAACCCUACCUCACACUGCUCUCUGAAUGCUCAAACCCAGACACGCUGGAAGGGGCAGCAGGCGCCCUGCAGAACUUGGCUGCAGGGAGCUGGAAGGGCUGGGCUGAGGAUGUGGCAGGCAUGGCGUAUGCCCUACGUUCACUGCCAGAGGGGGCUCCCUGCCUGCCACAGUGGUCCGUAUAUAUUCGAGCUGCUGUCCGGAAAGAGAAAGGCCUGCCCAUUCUGGUGGAGCUCCUCCGAAUAGACAAUGACCGUGUAGUGUGCGCAGUGGCUACGGCACUCCGGAACAUGGCCUUGGAUGUCAGAAAUAAGGAACUCAUUGGCAAAUAUGCCAUGCGAGACCUGGUCCACAGGCUUCCUGGAGGGAACAACAGCAACAAUGCAGGGAGUAAGGCCAUGUCAGAUGACACCGUGACGGCUGUGUGCUGCACCCUGCAUGAAGUGAUCACCAAGAACAUGGAGAAUGCCAAGGCCUUACGGGAUGCUGGUGGCAUCGAGAAGUUGGUCGGCAUCUCCAAAAGCAAAGGAGAUAAGCACUCCCCAAAGGUGGUCAAGGCUGCAUCUCAGGUCCUAAACAGUAUGUGGCAGUAUAGAGAUCUGAGGAGUCUGUACAAAAAGGAUGGAUGGUCACAGUAUCACUUUGUAGCCUCAUCUUCAACCAUUGAGAGGGAUCGACAAAGGCCCUACUCCUCCUCCCGCACACCCUCCAUCUCUCCUGUGCGUGUGUCUCCCAACAACCGCUCAGCAAGUGCCCCAGCUUCACCUCGGGAAAUGAUCAGCCUCAAAGAAAGGAAAACGGACUACGAGUCCACUGGCAACAAUGCCACUUACCAUGGAACUAAAGGAGAACACACUUCCAGAAAAGAUGCCAUGACAGCUCAAAACACUGGAGUCUCAACUUUGUAUAGGAAUUCAUAUGGUGCGCCCGCUGAAGACAUCAAACACAACCAGGUUUCAGCACAGCCUGUCCCCCAGGAGCCUAGCAGGAAAGACUACGAGACCUACCAGCCGUUUCAGAAUUCCACACGAAAUUAUGACGAGUCCUUCUUUGAGGACCAGGUCCAUCACCGCCCUCCAGCCAGCGAGUACACCAUGCACCUGGGCCUCAAGUCCACUGGCAACUACGUGGACUUCUACUCCGCUGCCCGUCCUUACAGUGAACUGAACUAUGAAACGAGCCACUACCCGGCCUCGCCCGACUCCUGGGUGUGA